UGUGUUGUUGGUUUCUGAUGCAAAAUAAUCCGUUUCCCAAGGCUCCCUUUCCUCAGCUCAAAACAACUCCUUUUUAAACUUUUCCCUGUAAGCCUCCUCUGCCUGCCUACUCUCAAAACCUUUCAUUUCAUAUAAACUCCCUCUGUGAACCGCAUUUCCGUCUCACAGAUUUCUUUUCCUUCCAUCCACUUUGUUUUCUGAAAGAAUUUCAUUCAUCGUUUGCUUUUUAUCUUGGUUGCAUUUCCAAUUGUCACAUUUCGUGGUGUCUUGGGCAAUAUGUUAGCUAUACUUGCUGUUUUGAUUUUACUUUUGUGCAGUUCUCCUAGUAUUGUAGUGUUGAGUUCUUUGAAUGCUGACGGCGUAGCUCUGUUAUCAUUCAAGCAGUCAGUUAAAGACGACCCAGCAGGGGCACUUAGUAGCUGGAAUUACUCUGAUGAAACCCCUUGUUCCUGGAAUGGCAUUACAUGCAAAGAUCAGAGAGUUAUCUCUGUUAGCAUUCCUAAGAAGAAACUCUCUGGCGCUGUUUCUUCUUCUCUUGGUUCUCUCUCUGAGCUUAGGCAUGUGAAUUUAAGGAGUAAUAACUUUUCUGGAAACUUACCUUCUGAGCUUUUCAAGGCCCAGAGGCUGCAAAGUUUGGUGCUUUAUGGGAAUUCCCUUUCUGGGACUUUGCCAUUUGAGGUUGGGAAUCUCAAAUACCUUCAGACUUUAGAUUUAUCACUGAAUUUCUUUGAUGGGUCAUUGCCCCCAUCUUUAAUUCAGUGCAAAAGGUUGAGGAAUCUUGUUCUUCAUCACAAUAACUUUAGUGGUUCUUUGCCUGAUGGAUUUGGGAAAAACAUGGCAUUGUUGGAAAAGCUUGAUGUUUCCUACAAUGAAUUUGGUGGCUCAAUUCCUGGUGACUUGGGCAAUCUUGCUAAUUUGCAAGGAACUGUUGACUUGUCUCAUAAUAUGUUUAAUGGUUCAAUCCCAGCUAGUCUUGGCAAUCUUCCUGAGAAUGUUUACAUUGAUCUCACCUAUAACAAAUUAACAGGUCCAAUUCCACAAAAUGGAGCUCUAGCAAAUAGAGGGCCGACGGCCUUUAUUGGGAAUCCUGGUCUUUGUGGUCCUCCUCUGAAGAAUCUAUGUUCUUCGGGUAGUGAAGCAAGUCCACCUUUCUCAUUUCCUUACUUGCCUAAUAGUUACCCUCACCAAGAUGUUGUAGGUGGAGGGGGGCUGAGUAAAGCAGCUGUGAUUGCCAUUGUUGUGGGUGAUUUGGUUGGUGUUUGCGUUAUUGGGUUGCUGUUUGCGUAUUGUUACUCAAGGAUUUGCUCUUGUGGGAGGAGGAGGGAUGAUUAUGAGUAUGGUUUUAAGAAGGGAGGUAGAGUUAGGAAGGAAUGUUUAUGCUUUACAAAGGAUGAGUUGGAGACUCCUUCGGAAAAUACAGAACAGUAUGAUCUAGUGCCGUUGGACGAAGAGGUGGGAUUUGAUCUCGACGAGCUCUUGAAGGCG